CGUGAUGCAGAGCAGAGAUCCCAAGCUUUGAGCAGUUCCCGUUUUGGUUUGCUUAGGGAUCCAGAUGCCGAGUGUGUGGGGCAGCGGAGCAAGGCAGCGCAAGAGAGAGCUGCGACUUGUGCCCUGCCUCAUCCACCAUCCUCUGCUCUUCAUGAAGCCAGUGGUUCAUCUCUUUUUUGUUUGUGGUCAGAGCUCAUUCUGUUCGUGUCCAUUUAAUUUAGCCUGAUGGAGCAGCAAGUUGGAAAGAAUAAAUCGAAUUAUCUCACACAGCUAGUUUAUUCUUAAUAAAGUUAAUGGAGUGGAGAGUCAUCUCCGGGGAGCAGCAACCCACACGACGUAGUUCUGCCUUUUGCUGAUGGUGCAUGCUACACAGAAACAGCCCACGCAUCACUGAUGGUAAAAUGACACUUGUCAGAGUGUCCAAGUCCUGCUUGUUUGCUGGAAAGGAUGGGAUAACAAAAUACUUCAAAUACGAGCUCUUGCGUGGCCACCUCUGGCAUAUCGCAGCGGUAUUUUGCAGAGGACUCCUUUAGUAGGCGACUUCACUCUUUUAAUUUUAUCCAAAUGAGAAAGUAAAUCUUGGGAGACAGCUGUGAGAACCUGGUACACGGAGCUACUCCUUGGACAAAUUCCUUGAAAAUUAGAAAAGUUAGUCUCAUUGCUCCCAGAGAACACAGCAAGCACGUAAACGAUGUCAAUGUAUCAGUGCCUCCUAACAGGGAAGGACGACGCAGUUGGCACUGAAGCACUAAAUAAAAACUGGGUGGGGGAAAAAAUGGAAAACCAGAGGAUGUGAAGGUGGAGACAGGCAGGAUAACGUGUGAAACAAGUAGGGUGGCUGUGAAGGAGGAAAAGGAAAUCAACUGGUAUUUGAUGACUGAUUAAAAGUUGGUUGGGUUUGUUUUUUUUUUCAAUUCAGGUGAAUUUGGAAUUUUGUAGUGAUUUAAAAUUGAUCAAAUGCAGCCUGCCCUAAUGUGAAAUGCCUGCUUAAGAAGAAAAAUGAUCUAAUGAUGCAGGAUUUGGAGUGUGCAACAGAGCUUUGCUCAGGAAGGUUCAUAGGCAGACAUUGCUAGCAACACCCUUCAGGUGUUUUUCAGGCUGCCAACAUACAGAGGUGUUACUUAACUGGAAAUGGAAACUUAGCUCUGUGAGAGAUCUCUUAUCUGAGAAAUAGAUAUUACUUUAACUUGACCUUAAUUUUUGUUUAUCAGUUUUAACUUGAGAUCAAGAUUAUCCUUCUGUUAAGCUGUGGAUGAAGUUACGGGUGAACCAACAGUUGCCUGUAACAACUCUUCUCUGGGAUACUCCAGGUUACUCUUUCAGAUGGCCAGGAAGGCACGUGCCGGGCGGCCGCGGCCCACGCGCGGGGAGCCGGCCGGAGCAGGCCCCCGCCGCUGAGGCGGGAGGAGGGAGGCGUCGCCCAGCCCGCGCCAUGGCCUUGCCCCGGCUUGCCCGGCACGCCGGCCCUCCCGACGGAGGCUGGGGGUGGAUGAUCGUUGCCGGCUGCUUCCUUGUCACUAUCUGUACCAGGGCCGUGACGAGGUGCAUCUCCAUUUUUUUUGUGGAGUUCCAGACAUACUUUGGGCAGGAUUAUGCCCGAACGGCUUGGAUCCACUCCAUUGUUGACUGUGCUACAAUGCUCUGUGCCCCACUUGGGAGUUUAAUCAGUAAUCAUGUAUCCUGCCAAGUUGGUAUCAUGCUAGGAGGCCUGCUUGCAUCUACUGGACUAAUUCUGAGUUCAUUUGCCACCAGCCUGGAACAUCUCUACUUAUCAUUAGGAGUCCUUACAGGACUUGGGUUUGCGCUCUGUUAUUCUCCAGCCAUCGCAAUGGUGGGCAAAUAUUUCAACAAAAAGAAAGCGCUGGCCUACGGAAUAGCCAUGUCAGGAAGUGGAAUCGGUACCUUCAUCCUGGCCCCCGUGGUCCAGCUCUUAAUCGAGCAGUUUUCCUGGCGUGGAGCUUUACUCAUCCUGGGAGGUUUUGUUUUAAACCUCUGUGUCUGUGGCGCUUUGAUGCGGCCUAUUGCUCUUAAGGAGGACCGUAAAACUGCUCCUGAGUUUCUUGAACAGGAUUAUGUCCCCAAAGCACAGAAACGAGACUUAAAGCGAAUGUCCAUCUGUUCACCUUUAAUCAAAGCGUGGUCUCAUGAAAGUUUAUGCUACUGCUCAUGGAAGGAAUACGACUUUUUACUGAUGCCAGGCUUCAUGGUGCUGGCACUGUCGGUUUUAUUUAUGGCAUAUGGCUGUAGCCCUCUUUUUGUCUACCUAGUGCCUUAUGCUUUGAGCGUCGGAGUGAGUCAUCACCAGGCUGCCUUCCUCAUGUCCAUACUUGGUGUCAUAGACAUCAUUGGUAAUAUCACCUUUGGAUGGCUAACAGACAGAAGGUGUCUGAAGAAGCAUCGGCUCUUUUGCUACCUCUUUGCUGUGGGAAUGGAUGGCCUCUGUUGUCUUUUCCUGCCAGUUCUCCAAAACUUCCCCUUGCUUGUGCCUUUCUCAUUUACCUUUGGCUACUUCGACGGAGCCUAUGUAACGCUGAUCCCUGUCGUGACGGCAGAUGUAGUGGGAACAUCUUCCUUAUCAUCAGCGCUGGGUGUCGUGUGUUUUCUGCAUGCCAUACCAUAUCUAGUGAGCCCACCUGUUGCAGGUUGGCUUGUGGACACAUCUGGCAGCUAUACUGCAUCAUUCCUCCUGUGUGGAUUUUCUAUGAUAUUUAGUUCAACGUUAUUGUGCUUUGCAAGACUAGCAAAGAAAAUCAAAAGAACGCAUUUGCAGUCGCUCACCAACGAUACCGGCACCAAACGGCCCAUCUGGGCAAACGGAGCAAUAGCUUAUUCUGUCACAGCACAAUUAGACCGAAAGGAUGUUGAAUUUUUGGCUGCGGAUACAAACAGCUACAGCAACAGAUGACAGGCGCCGUCAGGACUCAGUACUGCACAGCCGUGACUGCGGCAGAGGUGGCUCCGAAGGGUUGCGCUACUGAAGAGGUUAUUUCUGUGAAACAAGGCAUCUCUCAAUUAGGUUUUUCUCUCAUGUUUUAGUUGGUGAAAAUCUACAUAUAGCAACAGUAAUAUCAAGUUAAUGCAGAAACAGAAGAAAGAUAGACUGAAAAGAGAGAGUUUGUAGAUACAAAUGUUCACAGAUUUAUUUGAAAUGCAAUAUGUCGACUCCACAGGUGAUCUCAAAGACGAUAAUCAGCUGUAAUCAAAAGAAAACGAUAAAGUAAUUGGUCACCAAAACUGAACACUAAAGUUUAAAUUAUUUCAGAAAUAGUAUUAAUGAAAUAAGCUUUUUGGUGUCCUGGACUAUUUGUUUCAAUGGACAAAUCACACCACCAAAACGCCUCCACAUUUAUCAGUCUGCAAUAAACUCUUUGCAAAUAACUGUUUCAAAUACUAAAGCCUUCCCCCACCCCCCAAGAAAAUCUGGCAGGAAACUGCUUUAUGCUGAAGGCACCUCUGGAGCAGCUUUAAUUUUUACAGUGUGCCUGAAUUUUGUACAUAAGUUGCAAUUUUAUUUCAAAUAUGGUUUUAGACCUACUUUCCUAAGCCCACCUCCAGUAAAAUUUUGAGGUGGUUGCUGCUUUUUUUUUUUUUCCUGGAUAUUUUUAAAGCUUGAGUUUCUAAACAUUGACAUUCCAGGUAUGAUCCUCCAGCUGAUCCUCGUCUGGGAGGGUGGAAGAGGUGCUGUGGCUCCUCUGCUAUCUGAAGAGGAGUAAAUUUGUGCCAGGGGACUAGGCAUGCUGAUAGACAAACCUGCUUUAGCUGCAUUAGUUGGAAGAAGCCCAAAGGCAGCCCAGGAGACCAGAGGAGGGUUUUUGUGUUUUCUCCAAAUACAGAGCCUCUUCCUCCUGUAAAAUCACCAGCUGUUGAAGAAAUUUCGAGUCUGUGCAAGCAGAUAACUGAGAAACUGCCCGCUCCACAGGCUAUUAGUAACAAAGAUGUUGGCAGACAAAGUCUCUUCUGCGUAUUCCAGUGGCAAGUCUGUCUCCUCUUGGAGCCAGGAGCUGUAUCUUCAGACGGUGCAAGCUCCCCGUUUGUGCCCACCGAAGAGAACUGAUCACCUCACUUGUUCUGGAUGGCCAGAACGCCAGCGCUGCGGUUUGCCGAUGCUCUCCUGCGGCUCGUGAGAGGAGUGUGCUACGGCUGGCUGCGUCACGGCAGCUAUAGACUCAGUGCAGCUCAUGGGGUAAAUGACAGAUGUGAUGAUUUAAUAAGUAAUGGGACGUUUCUACAUUGCCAGAGCGAAACUGGUGUCAGCAAUGGAGGAAAUUCAUGUUCUGCAAUGCAAAUCAUGUCUGAGAUUUGAUGCUGUAUAAAGCCGCAUUCUCUUCUUUAGCAAACCGAGCAGAGUCCAAAUAAUUUUAAUCAAUGCUGAACUAACAGUUUUGUUAAUCAUCUGCAGUGUAUUCAACGGUUGCUCAUGGUGUCCUAUACCAGUCUGUGCCUCAGAAGGGAAAGCAAAAUAGACUGAUGUUCACGGAUUUUAUUUAGAUCAAGAGUACAGCCAUAGCGGCAUAAUGUAUUUUUUAUAUAUAUAUGAAUAGUAUGUGUAUCAAGUAGCUCUAUUCUUCAUGCAUAUUUCAAAAAUAAGGUAUUAAAAUUAUUUUACUUCAGCUGUCUGUGCUUAAACAGAGCAUUUCUCGCUGCCCUGCUUCAAAAGUGUGGUCAGAGCCAGUAGCGUGACUUACAUGCACAGCCACACAUUAAGAGAUGGGAGCGCAAAAACUGCUUAAAACUAAUGACAUAACCUUUUUCCAGCUCUGCGGGGCAAUUGAGUCCUGAGCCCUAAUUUUGAUUCAUAAAAAAAGAUAAGAAAUGUCUAUGAGUAUUUCAUAACAGUUAGGAAAAAUAAGCACGUUUGAAGGAAAAAAAAAAGUGGCUUUAUUAAUUAGUACUGUUGAAGAUAUUGUUUUAGAUCUUAAUGCAAAAGUUUAUAUCAAAAAGUAGGGAAUGUGGUCUACAAAGAAGACAAGCUGUUUCAACAAGUUAUAAGUUACCACUGUCAUUUACUUUACAAAAAUUUUAAUUACCUUUUUUUACUACAUCAUGACAUUUCAGCAGUUGUUCAUGCCAGAACGUCAUACUAUAAAACCCCGUUGGAAUAAUACUAUAUGCAUUUUUAUGCUAGUAAACAAUACCAUGUAAUACAUUAUUAGCAUUUUUAAAUUUUUUUUUAAUUUCAAGACAUUUUUUCAUAGGCUUUUCUGUUUAACUUACAAUUAAGGCAGUAUUUCUUGUUUAAAUAUCUAAUUGAUCAGAAAACAUUCAACUGGUUUUAUACACAGACCUUGUGUAGAAAAUGAUGGAAUUAUUUCAGGUUUUUCUAACACUGUUUCUGCUCUGAAUUAAGCCAAUGGACAAAAGGUUGUAUACCUGAAUGAUGCUUUCUGUGCAUAAACCACACGGAAAUAUCAGCCUUGUCAUGAAUGUCCCAGGUCAGAAACAGAAGGAAGGAAGCAUAACGAGAAGUGGCCUGCGAGCGGAAGAAAGGGGAAUACAAUCCAGGUUUGCAAAGCCUCCUGCCACACUUCUACCCCCUAGUCCACGCAACCCAAACCGAACAGCUCAUCUUCAUCCUGGCACGUGAAGUGUUUCAGGUGGCACGUUACAGAAGUCUCUGGAUUAUACCAUUUUUUUAAAAAAAUUAUUUAUUGUACCUGCACUGGUUUUUUUUCAGAGAUUACGCUAUUCAGGCUGUUCUCCACAGAGGCUAUUCCCCGGCACGGCACGGUGCAGCGGUAGGCAGAGAUACCUGGGCUAGCUGUGAACAGUUUCCCUGGCUAACACUUACACUGCAUGUUCCCACCAGCCCCGUUGAGCAGUGAUGGAUGGAGCACUACCGCUGAGCCUGUCUGCCUUCCCAGGACAGCAUGGUCUGACUUGGCUGGGGAAACAUCUCUGCGAGAAAGAAGCAGACGGAUCCCACCUCAGAUCAGUCCUGCCUGGGAUAAACUCUAUUCCGUGCAGUGAAUGGGAACUCAGCGUAAGUGCUUACAGCUGCUGAAGUCAUCCCACAUGUUCCCGUUCCAUGAGGUUUGAAAUGGGGAAAUUAUCAUCCUUUUGAAAUAGCUCGUGUUCUAGUGAUAGUUUUUAUCAGAUCAGCUUUGGAACAUUUAAUAAAUUGUACCUUGAAAAACUGUGUGAAAGCAGCAUUGGAAAAGUCAAGUGCCUUCUCUUGAAAAAUAACCGUUUUCAGAAAAAGAAAACUUUGAGCCUGAAAUAUUUCUGCCAGCUUCGAUGAUAAUUUAUCUCCUGAAAAACAAAGGUUGUCUAUGCUAGUGUAUGGUGAACUUAUUUUAUAUUGUCACAGCAAUUCCUUGUUUGCUUCCUAAAGUGUUACAAAUUUAUAUGAGAAGGAAGAGCUUGUUUAAGUUAGGCUGUAACUUCAUGUACUUCAUGGUCAGCAUAACAAAGUCCUUAGCUGGGAUCGCCUCAAUAAAUAAUACCUUCUUCUAAGUGAC